AUGUCGGUUUUAGUUAACGGUUGUCCUACUAAAGAGUUUAUGGUAGAAAGAGGAUUUCGUCAAGGUGAUUCUCUUUCUCCUUUUCUCUUCGUUAUUGUGGCGGAAGGAUUAAAUCUUAUGGUGAAUAAGGCGGUGGAAAACGGGGAUUUUGUAGGGUGUAAUGUGAAAGGCAAAUGUUUUGUGGACAUCCUUCAAUUUGUGGAUGACACUUUAUUGGUGGGAGAUGGAAGUUGGAAGCAUCCUUGGGCUAUCAAAUCGGUGUUGAGAGGGUUUGAGAUUGUUUCGGGGCUUGGUAUUAAUUUUAAUAAGAGUAAGAUUGUUGGAAUUAAUAUUAAUCCUCAUUUUUUGGAAGUGGCUACUUCCUUCCUUUCUAGUAGGACAGAGUCGAAGGAGUUCACUUUCCUCGCCAUUCGCAUUGGAUCUAAUCCUAGAAGAGUUCACUCUUGGAGGCCGUUGGUGGAUAGUAUAAGGAAACACUUGUGCUCUUGGAAAUGGAGGUGGCUGAGUUUUGGGGGAAGAAUCACUCUUCUAAAGUCGGUCUUAGGUAGUUUACCUAUAUUUACGUUGUCUUUCUAUUUGGCUCCUAGGAAGGUCAUUCGGGAGAUCAAUAAAAUUCAAAGUAAUUUUCUUUGGGGUGGUAUUGAAGAGAGAAGGAGAAUUUAUUGGGUGUGUUGGAAUGAUGUUUGUCGUCCGGUGGAUAAGGGAGGUCUUGGGUUAAGGAGGAUGGAAGAUUUCAAUAUGACUCUUCUUCUUAAGUGGAAAAGGAGAAUUUUGGAAAGUACUAAUUCUGUGUGGUAUAGUAUGUUGAAGGCGCGAUACGGAGAUGUCAAGUUACAGGUUGUCAUUGAAGGUGGGAAGAUUGAUAACUAUAGUUCUAAGUCGGUGUGGUGGUGUUAG